UGUGAUAGUAAAUAGAAAAAUCAAAUUUCUGUAAAUGCAAUUUGUGAUCUCACACCACCUAUGAAGAGUCACUCCAAAAGACUACAUGCUACUUGGCUGUUUUGAUGUAACAAAGGACACGUUGUAUGUCCUAGGUCUUAAAAAGUAUACAACUUAAUAAUCAGAGCGGGUUCAAUAUUUUAAAUCCAUUUAUACUUUUAUUCUCUAAGGAUGCUGUCAAAGACCAGAAAAUGGGGAAAUGUCAGAAUGAGACGUCCAUCCAGUCACGGUUUACGUCAGACUUUGUUCCCAUGGAGUGUCUUGGCAGCGGAUCCUUUGGUCGUGUUUUCAAAGCAAGAGAUAAACUGGUGGGGAGGUUUUAUGCUGUAAAGAUUGUCUGCUGUGAAGAGAAAGCUCUUCGGGAGGUGGGGACAUUAUCAGACCUCCUCCACCAGAAUAUCGUCAGAUACUACACAUCUUGGAUGGAGGAUUCAGAAUACCAGGGGAAUUCUGAAUCAACGAACAGUUCAGCUGACAGUUGGGCUGGGUACAGCUCUUCCCAGUCUGCAGAUAAUCCAUCGGCAAAGUACCUCUUUAUUCAGUUGGAGUUAUGCGACACCAGAACACUUAAAGCUUGGAUUGAUGAGAAGAACACUGAGUCUCUGCAAGACUCCGAGAGACAAGAAGAAGGUCUCAGCAUUGCUCAGCAACUAGUCGGUGGAGUCGAAUAUAUUCACUCCAAGAAGCACGUCCACAGGGACCUUAAGCCUGAUAACAUCCUGUUUGGUCUGGGUGGAGAAGUGAAGAUUGGGGACUUUGGUCUGGUCACCCGAGAUGAUGACGAUGACGACGAUGCUUUGAUUGACAGAACAGAGGACCGUGGAACCAGAUCUUACAUGGCUCCUGAACAAUGUAAGAGGAACUAUGACCGUAAAGUGGACAUAUUUGCUUUGGGGUUGAUCUACUUGGAACUCUUUUGGAAAGUCUCUUCUGGCCACGAAAGAGGAGAUGUUUUGAAGGGUGCCAGACGCCAGAAGCUCCCCAUAGAGUUUUUACGGACUUUUCCCCAAGAGGGGCAAAUCAUUAAGUCAAUGCUGCGGGAGAAGCCAGAAGAGCGACCGGAGGCAAGUAAAGUGAAGGCAGAGCUGGAAAAUUGUGCAACAACGCCCCAGGAAAACGCAACUAUCUGAUUAUCACAAGGAAUUGUGAUCACUUAGGAGUGUAUGGAAAUCUCUCUGUUCUGGUGUCUGGGAUUUUAUGAAAUGAUUUCAUCUACUGUUAUAAAUAUGGUGUUAUUAAUAUGUGUGGGUAAAUGGUUAUCGUACUGCACUUAUAUAGCGCUUUAAGAUGAGAUCAGAACGAAGCGCUUCGCAAGGUCCAGGAGAACGCUGUUCGUGAAAACCUAAAUGUUGACAUUUCGUCUUUAGUCAGUCCAGUUAACGUCAAACACACUCUUUUCAUGAACUUAUGUAGUUUUGUUGCAUAAACCUAACUUCCUGUGAAGACAAAUGUUUAUUUUGAAGAGACUCUACUGCGUGAAAAGUGAUUUGUCUCUGCCUCGUCCAAAACUGACACUUAAGAGGUGCCUAGAGCGUCAUGGUUUGAAGCUUCGGGCGACUGAUUAGGCGUUGGUAUUUGAUGAGUUGGCAUUCCCUCACACACCUACUGUAUGUCCUGUGUUUAGCUCAAGGACACUUGAACAUGCAGGCAUGAGGUCAAACCAUUAACUAUGCAAGUAAGGAGCAACUUAAAAAGGGGACCUCAUUUUAUGAGAUUCAUAAUCGGGACGAAACAUGAAUUAAUAAUUUUUAUCAUGAAAAAGUAACUUACAUUCAUUCACAUCCGUCUAGCUUUUGUUUUUAACUAAUCAUGUGCCUUCUGUGUCCAGAUUUUACAUUUUUUUUCCAUAUGGGAAAUCACCAAAUGUAUUUAAAGUGGUGUCACAUUACAGCCUUUGCUUUGUAUUUGGAGCAGCAAUCUUCCCUCCGUCCGCAUUACCACUACUGUUACAGUCUGUGUUUGGCAAUAAGCUUGAUGCGUGAUGAUUCUUCAGAGGCAGUAGCUUCAUUUAAAAAGGUUUACUCAACAAAAUAAAGGUACAAGAAACAUUCUUUGCUCAACUUUUAACAGCGUUAGCACAACGGUCAAAAAACUAUGUUGCUCCGCAGACUGAUUAACCUCAACUGAGGGCUGUUGGCUGUGACGUAGUCAGUAACGCAACUAAAGGAGCAUUUCCACGUUUGUUACACAAAUCACUUAAGACAUAUUGUCAAGUCUCAUAUGGCUCUUACAGUAUUGAAUAGGUUAAGUUUUAAAAUAAAAUAUUGGUUACCAUCGGCAAAAAAUAUACGUAGCAAGAUAUGUAAGGAAAAUCAUUUUUUCUUCUUUUUGUUACAAUUUUAAUCACUUUAUGAAUUCUCCAAUGCUUUGCACUAUUUGUAUGCUGUUUACGGUUUACAGAACGGUUUCACAUGUGUCAACAUACUUGGCCAAUAAAGACGAUUGUGAUUGUAAGUUUUAUCUUGCUAAUGGGUUAUCAGAUAAAUCCUAAAAAUGACUGUUGCAAAUGUCCUCGCUAACAGUAUUCAAGUCAUCCUGUUGUACCUGUUGUCGAAAUUGGUAAAUAAAAUAACCUUUUAGCUCUGUAGGCAGUCUGGUGUCAUAGUUGUACAGAUUGUAAAGACCUCUGAGGCAAAUGUGUGAUUUGUGAUAUUGGGCUACACAAAUAAAAUCGACUUGACCUGAGUAAAGUUCUGUUUACUUGACCUCUUUUUGGGUCCUGAAAUGAAUUGCUAAUUUUGUUGAUAUGUUGUUUAAUUUUAGAGUCAAUAAAUCCAUUUCCUUUUGAAAACCUA